UCAAAAAAGAAAAAAAAAAGAAGGAGAGAAUCAGCUCCGGCUGGCAGCGGGAGGGCGUGGCUCACAUCAGCGGCGGGUGUGUUUGUCCAUAUUCUUCUCCAAGCCUCCUCAUCUCCAGCCGACACGGAUGCGCGAACCGCAGCGCCCCUGUCAAGGAGAGAGCGCAUUUGGAUUACAACAGCAUUUGAAGCGUGAACGUGUCCCUCCAGCAUGGGAUCCAACCCAAAAAGGACAGUGACCGUCCAGAUGGUGCCUCAGCUGGCUGCGGCCGAUACGCUCGCCAAUAAGGAGUCCAACGCCAACUGGACCACGGACCCUGACCUGAAACUUCCCAAAGUUUGUCACGCGUCACCCGGUGGCAAACAGGAACAGACUGCGUCGCCGGUGCCAAAUAGCGCCCUCAAAAAGACAGUGGACGCAUCAGGCAAAGGUGUGGCCGAAGCAGCAGAGCUAAGGGAUGCUAAUGCUAAUAUUAGCAACACGUUAAACCAAGCAGACGAAAAUACCUGUAAGAUUACAGGCUGUCGGGUAAAAGCGCCUGAAGAAGAGGCGCGGAAUAGCUCAUCAAAUCUAAACAGUGUCCAAGACUCGAGACACGUAGUGCCUGAAACGGAUCUGAAGGCUGAUGCAGUGAGCGUGGUAGUACAAAAAGACAAGGACAUUUCAAGUCCGAUGGAACCUGGCCACAAACGAAGACACUCGGUUUCCCUUCAGGAGCCGCCUGAGCUUAAGCAAAGCUCAGAAACUGCGCCCUCGCUCACCUCGACUUUGCCUUUGUCCAACAGCCAGAACGUCAAAGAAGUAUCCAUAGACAAAGUAACUAUAGAUAAAGUAGCUAUAGACAAAUUAUCUAUAGAGAAAAUAUCUGUUGAACAAGUAGCUGUAGACAAACACCUUCCAGUUCAGACAUGCAACCAAGUCCAGGAACUUGAGGAACGUCAUACCGAGCCUUGCCGCAAGCUCUACAGGGAGGCUUCCACCAUGACCUCCCCUCGAUUGCCCUUCGCCACGGCCGAUCGGGGUCGUGACGCUGAGGUCCAGGCGGUAGCUAGCACCAGCUGCAAGGCCGUGUCCACCAGCCCGAGCCUACUUCCGUUCAGGCCAAACCCUGCCAUCCUCGAUGAGGCGCAGAGCCUCUCCGUCGUAUACCGGCCCGACGGUAGUUUGGGCUUCUGCCAGAUCGGAUCGCCGAUGAAUAUGACCGCGGAAAGGGUCACCGUGGAAGCAGAAAUGUGUACUAACACCGCAGUGGACUCGAAGCUAGGGGCAAAGCCUAAGGAAAGCACCUCGACUCUCAGCAGCAUCCAACCAGUGUAUCAGAUCAACAUCGAGCACGGCAAUCGCAAGGAUACGGAGAACAGAAACGUGGUGGAGAUACCGGCAACCAAGUUAAAAGAAUCCCCAAAGACGGACAUCCCUGUCAAGCCUGGAUUUGCAGAUAAGGCCGUCACAGCCCAAACUGGACUCUCCAAGUCCGAGGAACCAAAAGUUACAAAAGACUCUGAAAAGGAGACCGAUUCCGGAAAGCAACAGACGGACAUCAAGGGAGGCAACGAUGACAAGCAGCAACGAAAGAGUGUCCACGACGUGGUCUGGGACGAACAGGGUAUGACCUGGGAGGUCUACGGCGCCUCUGUGGACCCAGAAUCCCUCGGUUUCGCCAUCCAAAGCCACCUGCAGUGCAAGAUAAAGGAGCAGGAGCGGAAACUGAUUGCCCAGACCUCCUUCCGCAAGUCCAUCACCGGCCUGGACUCGCCAAGGGCGGGCAAGAAGAGUAAGCGGCGACAACACAACCCGUUUCGCUCCAUGCUGCGGAACGUGCGCCGCCCCAACUGCUGCGCGCGUCCCCCUCCCUCCGCAGUCCUUGAUUAGAGGUUGAGCCAAUGUUAAACUCUCUCACCCCAUUCACCACCAGCUCCCCAGAGUUCAAGGUGGUCGCUGUAGUGAUGCCACGUGAUGGGACGGAGCUUCCCGUGAGUAUCUCAGAAUGUUGUAGACUAGUCCGUUUGUGACGUUUGUGAACAAGAAAGUAAAAAGGUAUUCAAAUGAACAAGUAAUUUUGAUAGAAAUGGAUAUUUAAAAGGAAAAUGAGAGAGAAUGUAAAGAGCAUAUAUGUCUAUAAAGUACUCAAAGGCAAUAAUAGAGAAACGCAUGUGUAUUAGUUGCAGUGGCAAUGGUUAUAUGACAAUGAAGAACUGCAUUUAAAAAAAGGCGGGUAUAAUUUACUGUCAUAGUACUCGUGCAAAUACAUCUCAUCACAGUUGUUUUAAGGUGUUCUGGGAUCCUGUAUUUUCAAAGUCCCCCACCUUUCAUGAACAUUCAUUUUCUAGUGGCGUUAUAAAAAAAA